GGCGCGCGCUGGCCGCUUCGACGGGCCGGCAGCCGGAAAGUGAUGGUUAAAAAAAUUACAACGUUCAACCAGGACGGGUGUGUGUCUGUCCGCGUAGCGCGCGUGUUCGAGUUUUAAGGUGGUACAGCACCUCGCUGCCCUUCGAACUGUACGGAACGGCGUGUGUUGAAAGCGUUUACUCUCGGUGCGAUUUACGCGAUCGUUUUGUGUAGUGAAUCACAGUUUUGAAAAAAAUCUAAAAAUCAAAUCAAAUACUCACUGAAAGUUUAUUGGCGAAGAGCUCCUUUUUUGAAGUGCACCCUCAAGUUUUGUGUGCAAAAUAAAAAGGGAAAAACAAACAAAAGUGAUUUAAAAUUGAAAAAAAAAUCAAGCAUUAAAACGUUGUCACUCGACUACAGCUUGAUCGAGUUUCUCGUUUGCGUUAGUUUUCCUUUUUCCCAAUGUCUGUGGCAUAAAAGCUCGCGCAAAGGUAAAAUAAAGGUGAGCACAGCAGUGUGCCACUGUAAGAGAAAAAGGAUCCAAAGAAGAAAAUCAAUACAAAAAUAGUGGAACCAGAAAAAAAAGUUAUCGUUCCAAAAAGAUUCCAAAAAAGAGAGAAAAAAAAAAACAGCAGACGACGAACCUCCAUCGGAAGAGUGAAAAACCCGCCUAAAGCGUAAUAUUUCCCGCUGCUUGUGUUUGUGUGUGCGUAUUAGUAUUUGUACGCCUAAAAAAAGGGCAAAGAAGGAUCCUGCUUUCCUCCAGCAGGCUCCUUCGUUCUUCUAGUAGCCAAGUGGCAAGUUGUGUUGUGGCGCUCUCGCCCGUGUGUGUGUGAGUGUGUGUUGCGUUGGGAUGUGCGUUAAUGUUGCCGUAAAAUAAAUAAUAAUAAUAGUAAUCAUCCCUACUACUACUACUACACCGCGCAAAGAACCACACAAAAGCUUUUCCUUCUUCUCCGUCGAGAGAAGGCGUCGUUCAUUUUUCCGGGCCCGGUGAGCGACCCGCGCGUGUGUGUGUGUUUCUGUGUCCAAAAAGGAUCGAAAAAAGCUUCCGUUUUUUGUUGUCUCCCCGUGUGCGCGUUGGCCCCGUAUCCGGUGGGGGGGGGGUGUUUGUGUCCAUGAAGCGAAGGGGAGAACCGGAAUCCUCGACGGGAUAACAGUCUCUCGCCCUUCGGAAUGUGACGGCGCUGCUCGUGUGUGUGUGCGUGGUUGCGUGUGUGUGGUGUGCAAGAGCAAUCCACUCCACCAGUGAAGGAAGGAAGUUCAUUUUUUGGAGUGUGCGUGUAUAUGUGUGUGUGCCUCGUUCGAUGAGGUUUGUUUGUCGUUUGCUCCCCCCGCCAAAGGGGACGAAUUGCGUGCCGUAAGCUAAUAAAUUAGAAAUUGAAUGAAAAUUAGUCCCAACUCGGGGACGAAGGGAAGGUGAAAAUACAGGCAGAAGAGAAAAAGGGGGAAAAAAAGAAGUUUCUCCAUCACCCACCUGGUCACCGGGUGUGCAAGAAGUCACCCGAAUAAUAAAAGGGCCGAUUGUUAUUGGCGGCCGCCGGGCGCGCCCGGUCUUUCGGUGUUGUUGCGGUGCGUGCGUGCGUUCUGUUUGUGCGUGAGUGUGUGUGUUUGUGGUCUUUAAUUUUGGAAGGGCGCCCCUGCAAAGGAGGCGUGAUCAUCUCUCCACACACGAGUGUGUAAACGAGUGCAUUUUGGGCGUUGUGCGUGCAAUUGCGUGAAUUGCGUCUAAACACACCUCCAUCACACAUGAUCGGGCCCGGUAUCGCGUAAGAAAGGGAUUGUGCGCGAAUAUAAGAAGAAAAAACAAGCAAUAAAAGCAAAGAUUGAAUCACGGUUCAACUCCAUUGGAAGUGUUUUUUGCGUGUGGUGAAAUCGGUAAAAGACGCGUGGUAAAAAACGAUCGCGGGCCAACGCGAAUAUUCCUCAAGCUUUGUUUUGAAUAAUAGCGUCAAACACGACUUCGAAGGAUAGAUCGUCCGGUACUGGCGGCGUUCCCACCGACACCAACGGCAUCCGGUACCGCUUAAACAGUUCUCAUGGGCCACCGUGGCGGAAAAUUGCCGCCGCGAUGUCCACACUUACCAACAACGCCAAUAACAGCAGCAGCAACAGCAACAGCAACAAUAACAACAACAGCAGUAGCAACAACACUAACAACAACAACAACAGCAUCGCUAGCUACUAUCAGCAGUACAUCCAGCACUAUCAACUGUCGCCCCAGGGGGGGACCGCACCGCCAUCCGCCGGUGGUUCACCGACGGUCACGAGUAUCAACAACAACAACAACAACAACAACGGUCCGACAUCCGACAACAUACACACCAUCAACAACAACAACAACAACAUUAGCACCAGCAGUAGCAGCACCAGCAGCAACCAAAGCCAGCCGACGACGGCGGCUAACUCCGGCAGUGGCGGCGGCGGCGGCGUCGUCGGUGGGAUUCUGGGCGUGCGAGAAGUUAGCGCCAAGCUGUUCCUACCAUUUGCCCGCGCGAAGAUGAUGCACUCGUCGUCGUCCGCUGCCUCGACACCGGCCAAGGACCAGCACCAGCCCGGCACGCCGCUAGACGGCACGUCGAUGGCCGGCAUGAAUGCGACACCGUCCGGCACGCCGUCGGCAACGCCGGGCACGACGACGGGCGGGAGCAGUGCCGGCGUGUCCGGGGCGGGCCGCGCCUCGUCGCUGAUCAUACCGAAGGCGCUGAACGUGGUGCUGCACGGGUACCACCGGAAGCACAAGACGAACAAGAAGAAGUACUUCGUCGUGUACGGGGACGUGCCGGGCAAGGCGGCCCGGCUCGAGUACUUCGACAGCGAGAAAAAGUUCAAGCAAUCGUUCCAGAAGGGCAGUGCCGGCUGCGACGGGGGCACCCAGCCGAAGCGCACCAUCGUGCUACGCACCUGCUUCAACAUCAACAAGCGGCACGACCUGAAGAAGCAGAUCAUCUCGCUGUACACCAAGGACGACAGCUUCUGCAUCGUGUUCGAGAGCGAGGAGGAGCUGAACCUGUGGCUGCGGACGCUGCUGCGGCUGCAGCGCGGCGAAGACUCGGAGGGCGAUCCGCCACGGCCCACAUUCGAGCACGUUUGGGAAGUGUACGUGCAGCGCAAGGGGCUCGGCGACAGUUACGGCAUCCUUGGCAACUAUCGGCUCUGCAUCACCGACAAAACCCUAUCGCUGGUCCGCAUCGGAUCGGAACUGACGCCGCACCAGGAGAAGCGGGCCGAAAAUGUCGAGUUUCUGCUGGCAUCGGUACGAAGAUGUGGGCAUUCACAGCGCUACUUUUACCUGGAGGUUGGCCGCAGCUCCAAAACGGGAGCGGGCGAAAUCUGGAUGGAGGUGCAGGAUUCCAUCAUCGCGCAAAACAUGUACACCACCAUCAUGAAGUCGGCAAAGAGUAAGGACGAUAACCUCGGUCCCAUGAUACGGAUACGAUCGUCGUCGGCGAACGCCGCCUCGAAGCCAACGUCGAUGCUAUUCCGCCGCCAGACGCACACCGGCCAGAAACCGAUCAACUGCUCCCCGUCUAGCGAGGAUCAGUCGAACAAUGGGCAGAACUCGGAAUCGUCGUCGUCGGCCACCAGCGUCAAUACGGUCGUGCUGGUCGGCUCGCCGCCGAAAGCAGGCACCUCCGCCGGCCUGCCGUACAGUGCUGGUGCACCGGGCGCGAAACCGCGCCCGCCAGUCGUGGCGAACCCUAGCCUGCCAGCCUGUGCCGAAAACUCCUCCUCCCUCAACACCUCGACCACUUCCACCAUUACCACUGCUGCUUGUACCUCUACCACUGCUGCCGCCGCCGCCGCCACCGCCUGUUCGCCGUCGUUCGUCGGUCCGUUCCAAUCCUCCUCCGAUUCGUCCUAUCACGCACCGAUGAUCGUUCCGUUUGCGGGCAUUACACCUGCCGUGAGCACUGGGAAUGUCGUCGCCUCGACGCCGGCUGCCAUGUUCAGCAGCAACUCGUCGCUAGCGAGCAUCGGGUCCUGCUCGCCAAGCGAUGCGUACGUCCCGCUGGUGCCACCGGGACACGCCAGUGCCAGCCAAGGCGGUGGUGGUGGUGGUGUGCCUACUCGCGGUGGUUUAGUUGGGUCACCGCGGCUCGGUGUCACUGCCCAAUCGCCAAACUAUCGCCGGACGACGUCGGUGAAGAAAUCGGCUGGCAGUGACGCUGGCGGUGGCAGCACCACUUCCCCCCUACAGUCAACCCGCAGCCAUCAACCGUCCCGUCACUACCAUCAGCAGCAGCUUCCUUCCACCUCCUCCCACCAUUCCCAUCAUCCCACGCACCUGCCACAUCCUCCUCCACCGCAUCAUCCCGCUCCCUAUCCGCACCAUGGCACGCAGGCAGUGGCAACCGGGGCAGUAGUUGGGCCACACCCGGCCACACCGAGUGUCGUUAGUAGUAGCGGCUGCUGCAGCAUCGGCGGCAGCAGCAGCAGCAUCGUGAGCAACAGGAGCAGCAGCAACUACAGUAGCAACAGUAGCAGCACCAGCACGAUCGCCGUUACCAAUGAGUUUUCGUCCUCCUCGACUGACCAUGUUACAUCCGCAUCCGCCACAGCCGGGGUGGUGUUCCAUCAAAGAGCUUUAUCAUUGCCAAGCGCUCCCAUGUUAGGCCAUUCCCCUCAUAGCAAUACGCAUCAUUUGGGCGCACUCCAUGCGCACUCCGGCGGUAGUGGUAGUAGCGUCCGGUCCUCCUCCCAGUGCAGCGUCGUUGCGGCCGUCGCUGCCGGUACGCAGGGUGGGCUGCUUCCUUCCGCCACCGGCGGUUCGCAGCACAUUGUCACGCUCUCGACGUCGCUGUCGUCAUCGUCCGCCUCGUGCGCCGGCACCGGGACGAUCCAGCCGGUGCACCAUCGUACCCGCUCACUGCCCCUGACCGAAGAGUCGGCCAUUCGCCUGACGGCCGAACACUACCGGCAGGGUGGUGGCGGAUGGUGGCAGCCCCACCAUCACGCCCCUUCCUCACUCUCGCACUACAAUCAUCUGCAGCAGCCGCACUGUUCCUCCGCUGCCGGUGCAUCGAACCACCGGAAAUCAUCGUCGGCGUACCUGCCCGCACCACCACCACCAGCCUUCGCGUCGAUCGGGUGCAGUAGUGCGCAGUGUCCGAUGCACGCCGGUGGUCCGAACGGGGGAGGCGGAUGGUCACCGCCCGUGUCGGAUGUGCUCUGCACGUCGCCGCCCCAUCGCCACCAGUACGAGCUGUCGCCGGAAGGACCGCAGCCGUUCGCAAGCCUCGUCCCGUCGCGCAGCUCGAUGGAGAGCAUUAUCGAGGAUCAGCGCUACCUGCCGAUGGAUCUGAAGAAGCCGGCGGGCGAGGAGACGCCGGAACCACCGCUACCACCUGCGCUGCCGGCGGGCAGUCAGCUGACGCUGAUCAGCCGGCUGCUGCGCAGCAGCAAUCUGCAGCAGCAUGCGUCCACCUCCUCGGCUGGGUCUGGGUCCGGGUCCGCCUCCUCCCCAGGCACCACGUUGUCCGCUGGCAAGAUCGGUCUGCUAGGGCUGAAGAUGGCGAUGAUGGCGGAGGGCCGCGGGUCCGCCUCCUCGAACGGUGGCUGCUGUAGUUGUAGUAGUCCCUCGCAGUCGCAGUGCAGUAUCGGUAGCAAUUGCCUUCAGGCCAUUAGUAGCAAUUCCACCACCAAUACCACCACCAUCACCACCACCACCUCUAGUUCCCAUAAGAGCACGAACGGUUCCUCGCCGGCGGCGCUGCGCCGCCUGAGCGCUGGCCGCACUGCCAGCGGUACGAUCAGCAGGAGUGUUGCCAUUGCGCGCGAACGCUGCGACAGUCUUCCAUCGCGAAAUCGAACGACUAGCGAAACGAUGCCACACCAGCAACAGCAGCAACAACAACACCUCCUAAACCAGCAGCAACAACAGCAGCACCACCAUCAGCUGAUGCUGAACAGUGGCAGCAUGCCACCGCCUCGCAUGAUUCCGAGCAGCAACCGGCCACACUCGGUGCACAUCAGCCACAGCCACAGCCCGCCGGUCAACUCGUCCCCGCUCAGCCCGCCGCCGCCGGCCACCUACUCGACCGGUUCGGACGGUUCGUCGCUUAGCAUCGACGAGUCGACGGACAGCUUCAUCACCGGCUCGCUGACGCCCGAUGAAGGCCAGGGCUAUCCUAAGGUCAUUAAUCAACUCAACUCGGGCUGCUCGAUACCGGAGGAAAACUCGGAAGAGUUCAUCAAGGACUACGGCCACAUCGAUCUGAGCGCAGCAGGCUGCGGCAUCUCCCAGCACGAUGACUUCGCAGUGCCGGCGGCGCGGCGCGGCGGCAGCCCAGCGCCCCCGUCGACGGUCGGUUCGGUCGAGGGCAGCGCGUACAUGGAGAUGUGCAGCCCGAGCGGCAGCUCGCCCGGCGACCCGUCCGGCAGCUGCUACAUGGCCAUGUCCCCGGUGGCGGACUUUUCCCGCGGGCUCUGCUCCAGCUCGAGUGCACACAGCCGUGCGUCUAGUCUGGCGGAGGACAUCGUGGACGGGUACGUGCCGAUGAGUAUGCCCCGCACGGCAGCGGCAGCACCAGCCGCACCACCCACGGAAGAGUACAUGCUGAUGGACCCGACGCUUAACGGUGGUGGCACCAGCAGCCGGCUCUCGAACGCAACGGCCGCCAGCAACAACGCAGGCAGCAGCAUCAUCGGUGGCGGUGGCAUGUCGUCGGCCGCUUCGAGCUGCAGCAUCACGUCCGGCACCCCGUCGGCCGAUUUGCGCCUGUCGCUCGAGAAAGUGCCGGCGUACAUUGGGCAGAGCGACGAGCACGAGGUGAACGAUCGCCCGUUCCGGACGUACUCGGUCGGCAGCCGGCCGGAGCUGAUCAAGCGCAAGCUGCGCGUGGAGAUGCUCAGCUCGGGCGAAAGCUCGGUGGGCGGAUCGUCGGCCGGCGGGUCGGCCAGCUCGCGGCAGCGCGCAUUUUCCGUCGGUUCGCGCGCCAAGGUGCCCCGCUGUUCGGACGUGUACAAGGGAUACUCGGCGGCGCCCGUCAUUGUGUCGUUUGCGUCGACCAGCUCGCAGGGCAGCAUGCUGGAGAGCAGCAACAACAAUAGCUCGAGCAGUACGAGCAGCAUUUCGCACGCGGGCAGCUACGGUGCCUCGAUCGGGGACACGCUGCCGAUGGAUGAGCUGGCCGGUGGUGGUAGCGCUGGGGGUAGCAGUAUGGGCCGGAAGUCGGGCAGUGGAUCGCUGCUGCCGGACGGGGCCGGUGGCGGCAAGCCACCCUCGCACGGCGGUUCCCACGGGCGGAUGAGCGAUCUGAUGGAGAUUGAUUAUUCGUCGCCACGGCAGCAGCCGGCGCGACCGUCGACGAGGAGCAGCGAACCGUCGGGCAUGGAGGACUAUCUCGACAUGUCCGGCAACAACAACGAGGAGGAGCAGCGAGCAAGGGGCCAGGGGGCGACGUCCUCGGGCUACGUCGAGAUGCGCCCCGGUCGGCUCAACUCCCAGUCGGAGGAGAACGAUUACCUGAACAUGACACCGGGCGGCGGUGGGCGCGACGAGCCCGACUGCUGUCCGGCUGCCGCCAGCAUUGCGACCAGCUCCCCCAUCCAGAUCCAGCACCACGCGAAACAGCCGGCCGACGGUGCGGGCAGUGCGCACAGCAGCAGCAGCAACAACAACAACAACAACUACCUCGAAAUGUACCCCCGGGCGGCGGUGGCGCAGAAGGAGCAGAAGCGAACUGCCAGCGCCGCGUCGACCACCACCACUGCUACGAAAGUACCUUCGGAAGAUUACCUGAACAUGGCGCCGCUAAUGAUCAGCUCGCUGGGCGAGGCGAGCGGCAGCGAGGAGGAGAAGAUGCACGGACCGGACGAGGAGCCGCUGCUCGAGUCGUCCAGCGCACCGCCGGACGGCUACAUGGAGAUGUCCUGGAACCAUCACGGCCCGGUGACGGCGGCCGGGCCCGUCUCUUCCUCCGCCUCCUCCUCUGCCACCUCGUCCGCCCGUACCGUGCCAACGAACGGGGGAGACGACUACAUGAACAUGUCGUGUGGCAGCGGCUCCCAGUCGGAGGACGCAUCGCGCACGUACUCCGCACCGAUCACCAUCCAACCGGGUGCGGGCAAAUGCCGGCUCGAUCUGAGCGGCGAAUCGAAGGUGGAGGCGGGCGCCAACAUCCCCAACUAUCUGCCGCUGGGGCAGCAUCCGGAUGCGCGCAAAUCGGUCCACCAUCCGCACCACCAGUCCGCGAUGAUUGUGGCACUGCAGCAGCAUCUGCCGCUGGCGGCACAGGCACCGAUCCAAACGACGACGGGACAGCAGAGCGGCUCGAUCGGCUUCAGCCCGUCGAAGCCGGCGGAAACCACUCCCGAGCGGGCGCGGUGUGACUCGCGCGACAGUGGCAUCGUGACACCUUCCGGCAGCCAGCCCACCAUCUUCCCGUUCAGCCCGGCGAGCCCCACGAAACCGUUCGCGCCGGCCCAGGACGAACCGAUGGGCGGCGAGUCGCUGGACGAUUUGAGCCAAAACUAUGCCGAACUGAGUCUGGGCCGGCAGCAGCAGCAGCAGCUUCAGCAGGCGCAAACAGAACUCUCGCCCGCCAUUCGCAAGCUUUCCACCGGGAGCAAUCGGGGCUCGGGAUCGUUCAGCAAGCUGCAGCUAGUGGCAAACCAGCCCGACUACGUCAACUACUGCCCGGCGACACCGCCGAUCAGCGGCGAUGUGGCGCCACCGGCGAGCAUCAUGCCGCUGAACGUGUUGCCGUCGGCACAGAGUCGAACCCGCAGCAGCAUCGACGAUGAUGGAGCGGGCGAUUAUGCGCUCAUGAACCCGGCCAGCUCGCGCAAACUCUCCACCACGUCGAUGGGCUCGAUGGGAGGCGCAAGUCUAUCACCGGCCGGUGUCGUCCCGCCGGGCUCGAGCGCAGUGGGAAGCAUCACUCCACCGGUGCUGGUUGCCCGCAAAUCCACGCUGCUCCUGUCCAGCCCACAGAUGGGCUUCAAACCGAUCGCUUCGUCGCAGGACGCGGAACUGCUGCUGCAAAGCAAGGCGGUACCACACGCUACCGCCAACUCGCCGAAAGCGCUCAACCUUGGCCGACGGACGGGUGAACCAGCGUUUAGCUUCACCGAGCAGCAGCAUCAGCAGCAGCAGAUGGCCCCGCUGCAGCGCAGCAUCUCUACCGGGACGCGCCCGAACAGCGUCAACAGUGAGCUGAUCGGCCGGCCAAUCGGUACACCGGCCGGCCCGUCCACCCCCGGUGCGGCGUCCCACAGCAGCACCACCGCUGCCGGCAGCACGCGGCCCAGCUCGGCCAACAGCGAGCGGCUGCCCGUCAUAUCAGCUACCUCAUCGUCCGCCUCGUCCACGUCGACGCUGUGCGAAAGCAAAAACCAAAGCCCGUCCGCCUCGAGCACGGCGCUCGCCAUGGUGGUGGGCAGCAGUACCACCACCAGCCCCCCGAGUGUGCCCGGUUCGCGUCCGGAUUCGGUCAGCUCGAUAACCGAUCCGCACAUUGUCUCCCGCCCACCGUCCGUCAGCUCGGAGCGUGAGCUGCACUACGCUAGUCUCGAUCUGCCACCGUGCAGCAGCAGCAGCAGUGGUAAGCAAACGGUCGCUGCCUCACCGUUUGCACCCGGCACGAUGAUGCUGCUGGCGGCGGCGGCCGCUGCGACAACGCCCGCAGCGACCAGCAGUGCCGCCGCACCGGUUACCAAGAUGGACGUCGACGAACCACUGCCCGGGUCGAACGAAGCGCGCACCUCGAUCGACUCUUCCAGCCCUAGUCCGACGACGGCGGCCGGUCUGCAGCAGCAGCAGCAACCGGUGCGCUGUGCCGCCUUCACCUACGCGCAGAUCGACUUUGUGCGAUCGCAGGCGCAAAGCCAACAGGGACAGACCGGGACGGGACCGGCCGGUGCCAGUGGCCAGAGCACCACCACCACCACCACCAGCACACCACCACAGUCGUCACAAGCGUAGUAGUUAACCGCGUACAGUGUCCACGACUGGGUGUAAUUUUCGCAUUGAAAUUUACGUUUUCGUUUGUUUUUGUGUGGUUUAGCGUUUUCGUUUUCCUUUUAGUUUCUAGCAUUGUUAUUUUCUACGUAGAAAAGUGUGUGCGUGUGUGUGUGUCCGUGAAAGAGGAGGCAGCAGGGGGGAUUUGCUUUCUAAACUUUGAGUCUCUUGAGUAACACCAAUAUUUGUUGCAGCGCAAAACAAAAAAUGCAAAACGCGAAACUCUUCUUCCACUCCCGGUCCCGGUAGCUGGUAUGGUACCUCACACUUGAAGUGCUGUGGAGCAAUUGUAAAGUAGCAACGUGUACAGAACGAUUAUUGUAAGAGAAAACGGGAAAGUAAGAAAGAUGCAAAAAAGCAUAGAAAAAUGAAGAAGAAGAAACGCAAAUAAAAACCUCACUUCUGUUUGCAAAGAAAAAUUGAAACUACAACAAAAAGACGGACAAGACCAUGGGAAUGAAAAAUGAACCGAAAACUGCCAAUACAAUUACACUAAGCGCGCGAAAAAAUAAAACGGAGGAAAAAAAGAAUGUAAAAGAAAGGGCAAUUUUUUGCAAAUUGUGAAAAAGAAAAUGAAGCCCAAUCUAUUUAUAUACAGACACAACAAAACAGAAACGGGAAGAGGAAAGAAAAAGAAAGAAAAACAAGCGUGCAAACCUCACUCAUAUAUACAUACAGCAACACAGCAGCGAACAAGAGCAAACAAGAUGAACCGAAGAACCGCGAGCGCCCUCUAGGUAGCAUAUUAGUCUAGUCUAGGCCAAAAACCACACCUAUACACCCGGACCCCACACACGCACAGUGCGUCCCCGGCUGCUUCUCCUUCCCUGGCACUAUAAAUGCACUGAAAAAAAGACAGCAAUACACCAGAACCUCAAACCAACUGCAACUAGAACAACACAGCAACAAACAGCGGACUUAUGAAGGCGUUAGGAAGCGAAGAGAGAUACAUAAUACUUCCAGAGAGAGAGAAGAUUAGAGAGGGAUAGAAAAGAUAAGAGAGAGAGAAAGAGAGAGGGAGAGAGAGAUAGAAAGAGAGAGAGAGUGAGAAAGAGAGAGAAAGGAUUACGUCUUACGACUUUAGUAUGAUUUUACAGUUGCGCAGGAUUAACAACAGUUAACUUUAGAUCACAAAACAGUAGAGAGGAUCACAUACAUGAUCGACAUGAUGAGGGAAGUGUUGAACCGUUACUGCCUAUUACUAUUACUACGAAGCGACAGCUUGUGGGCGCGAAUGCUGCAAACAAACUAAUAAUACUACUCAACCAGUGCGAAAGUGGUGUUCGACAAGCCUGAUGCUGCUGGUACUGCUGCUGCAGGGGCGUCGCACUCGCUAUAUCAACUCGCUCUUUCUCUCACACACACACUCUCUGUAUCACUUGUUACCAUUGGAGGCCUCUUCUUUUUGUUGUAUGUAUAAUAUAUAAACAAAAAAGGAGCGAGAGUAGAAACCCCGUUUACUUAGGCUGGAAUGGCUUUUGUAGAAGUCACUUGGCUUGGUGUGUGGACGUUUUUGGGAUGCAUUUUUUUUUCUAUUGUUUUUUCUUUAUAUAUAUAUGUGUGUGUGUGUGUGUGUGUGUGUGUGUGUGUGUUUGGGUGGAUUUGUUCCGGUAAUUGCUACAGCCAUACAGGAUGUGCCGUGAAGGAGGAGGAGGAUGAGGGUGUGAAGAGGUGCGCCGCAAACAAAAGCUGCAAAUUGCAGAAAUUACUAGUAAAGAAGAAGGAGAGAGAAGCAAAUUGCAUAAAGAGAAAAGGAGAGAGGAGCAAAACAUAUGUAUAAGCCAUAUAAGUGUAAGUGGGAAGAAACGGUAAGAAAUAAGAUAAGAAAAUGGAAGAGAAAAGCAAAGCGUGUAAAAACCUAAACUAGAGAAGGUAAUAUAUAAAUUAAAAAAAACACCCACACACAAACAAUAAAAUGGAAGAUUUAUUCCAAACGUGGUAGAAACAUUUUGCUAGAAAAAGGUAUAAAAAAGAAGAAAAAAAAAGAACACACACACCUUCACAUCCACUCAUUGCAUUGUGUUCGUUUUUGAAGCUGAAGUAUGUAGAAAAUUGGUAAAAAAAGGAACCACCCCCUCCUAGAACUGAAAAAAAACAGAAGCUAAACAAACAGAAGAAAUACAUAUGUACAGAAGAAAUGCAUACAUAUACAGAAUUACUUAUUAAAGCAGAAAACUCUACAUUAAAGUUAGAAACAAUAAGCAGCAGAAAGGGGGUAACAGAGAAGAACACACAGAACCGAGAACAGAGUAGUAAAUAAGUCGUGUAAACUGUAAGGUAUAGUGGGAAUAAGGAUGAGAUGUAGAAUAGAGUAAAAGAAAAAAAAAGAGAAAAACCCCGGUAAGUGUUUAAGAGAACAAGAAGAAGUAAAAAAGAAAGAAACAGACACACACACACAUACAUUUAAAAAGUCCCUUUAAGGUUAGACGGUUAAGGAGAGAAGAAAUGUACGACAAACCGCGGUGUAGUAAUAGUAAAUAAGCCAAAAUAAGCUUUACUUGAACGUUAUUUUCCUACUUAGUUUUUAUGGUGUGUAUAUAUAUACACACAUCUACAUAUAAAUGAAAGCAGAAAAUAGAAAAAAAGGAAAGGAAAAAAACACAAACACAAACACAGAUAAGUUACAAACCGAUUGUUGGUUUUCCGUUCGUUCCUCUUAUAAUCUUAUAUACAUGUAUGGUAUAAAUAAAAUUUAUGUACAAUAUAUAUAUAUCACGUCACACAGCAUAUAAGUGCAUACAUAAAUAUAUAUAUUUUUUACAAACAAUUAAAACAAAAAUCGCUAGAAAGAAUGUAUAAGUAAAGCAGCAAAAAAAAGAAGAAUGGAAGUGAAACAGAAAAAAACAGCUGAAAACAGGCAAAACUCUAACGCUCUCGCAAAUGAAACCAGUAGACAGAAAAAAAUGGAAAAAGAUAUGGUAGGAUAGUUAAAAAAAAAAACAAAAAAAGGAAGAGAAAAGAAAAAAAAGCAAAAAAAAAAACAGAGUACUGUUUAUGUGUUCUUAUUGUUUUCUAAUACAUUUUGUGCUGAUCUUUUCCCUUCCCUUCCCAUCUUUCCUUUCUUCGGUUUUGUUCCGUUGCUGCUAGGGGCAGUACUGGCAGAAGAAGAAGGCUUAGAAAGCGGUGAAAAGUGGAGAGAGACUUUCUUUAGCAAAGAUUGAACAGUUUUUCCCUCGUAUAACAAAUCCUUCUACCAACCAAUUGGGCACUAACGCUACUAAUUGAGGAAGAAACUUGGUUACCUGAACUAAUCGGAAUUCAGAUCAACGAAGCAAAGUAGGCGCACAUUGCUAAUAGAAAGAAAACGAAGCAGUAAAAGAAUGAAGAAACAAAGAAAUAAGGGUAGAAUAGAGAGAAAGAGAGAGACAGAGAUUAUUUUCAUUUUCACCUUGAACUUGCAGGAAAAACGCGUCGAAAGAAAAAAAAACCAUAAGGCAACGUGUGUAGUGCAUUUUAGACCAAAAUUAGAGCAGAAACACGGACGAGAGAAGUAGAAAAGUAGAAAAACCUGAAAGGAUAAAAAAAACAGAAGGAGAAGGAGAAAAAGCAAAACAUCGAUAAUAAUAAAGAAACUUCUAAGAAAAUGACACAAAAAAAAGAAGGGAAAACGAUUAUUAGCAAAUGAGAAAGAAACCAAAAAAAAAAAUAACAAUGGAAAACGGAAACAAGAAAAAAGAAGGAAAAGGCACACAAAUCGGGGAGGAAAAGGAAAGCGCAAACUGCUAAGCGAAAAACACAAAAAAAAAUAAACAGCUUUAAAAGUGCUUUUUUUUUAAACAAAACGAACACAGUACAUUCGAAAAGAAAUAGGUAUGAAAGGAAGAUUCGUUUUUAAGAUCCGGUUUAAGAACAGCAAAAUGGGAAAAUUUGUUUGAAAGUGAAAUGAAGAAGAAGAAAAAACAUAAGGAGAAAACAAGCUAGUGUAAAUCUAUAAACUCUAUUGCUAUACUACUACUGUACUAUCUACUAUCUCACUAUUUAACUACUACACUUAAAACGAAGAGAAGAAAAACAAAGUUAAUAACUACCUACUAAUACUACUACUGCGCUACACUCUUUAUAUCCAGUUUGUCUACCUACUCUAUUAUGAUAUUUCAGUUUGAUUAGUUGUUUUUUUUUGUUCUAUUACUUUCUUGUUUUUUUUUCUACUUUUUUGCAUACUCUUUUCGUUUUUCUAUUGUUUAUAAUAUCUUAAUAAUUACGUUCUUUGUUUUAAUCUUUCUUACUUACUUGUUUUGUGUUAUGUUUUAACAUACUUUCUAUUUUUAAUAAUAAUUUCAAUGCAUUGUUUUCCUCUCUUCCUCUCUGUGACAUACUGGUCAUUGCUAACAAAAUGUAGCUUUUCUCGCUUCCUCGCCCGCGGAUUUUGUUUCCUGUUUGAAGAAAGAUGUGAAAGAGAAAGGUAAACAAAGUAAACUCAACAGUACUCGCAAAAGUGGAUGAAAAAUGAUCAUGUGUCUGUGUGUUUAUAUUCAUAGCACACUUGGACCUACUUUUAUUUGCUCAUUUAAUUACUUACAAUGAAGAGAUGGAGGAAAAGUAUGUUGUUCUACUUACUUUAUCCAAUUUUCCCUUAUGGAUUUCGCAUUCAAUUGCUUUCAAGUGGCAAUGCUAGAAAUCCCAUUUGAUAAACAAUUUUUUAUUCACAUUUUUGUUUUAAAUAAAAACACUCACAUUGAAGAAGGGGGAAAAAUGGUAUUUUUAAGCGUAAAUUAUCCUUACCCUUCGGAUUCCAAUGUAAUGACCAUCACUGCAAAACCAAACGAGGUAGCAACGGGUAGCAGAAGCAGCAGCAGCAGCAGCAACAGGUUCCCAUUUCCUUCCAGUAUCUUGUAGAGAGAAGAAGAAACAUGUAAAUGACACUGCCUCGUAAACAGCAAGGACUUGUAGUAAAAACGAAACAAAAAAAUACAUAAUAAAACAAAAACAAACAAAAAUACCAACAUUGCCGAAUGUUGUCAGCAAAUUGCGUUAGGGGGUUGGAGAAAACUCUCCCCGAAGCGAGAGACAGACAGGCAUCACGCACGGAACCGAUGAUCCAAAACAUCGAUAAAGUAAUUCAAAGCAUAAGAGAAAAUUUAUAAUAAAACAAAAAGAAAAGUAGGAAAAAGAGAGAUAAAUAAGAGAGAAAGAGAAAGCGAUGGAAACACAAACGUGCUAUUAGUUUGAUCUUUGAAAAAAGCCUAUUGUCCUCUAACCCGCGUGUGUUACCAGCCGUUUCUUUUCCGUUUUUGGAAGCUCCUGAAAGCUCCCCUAUGUUCCUUUCGUGUUUAAGAAAGAGUUAGAACAAUUAACUUAACGAAAACGACGCUUUGUUUCGAUUUCUCUUCUGUAACCCUUCCAUCCCUUGAGGCAAACCCUGCCUACUGGGAUGUGAGAGUGCAGCGGCAGUGUGUACGGUUUUUUGCGGUGUGUGUGUGUGUAUGUUGUGUGUGUUUGGCAAAUAAGUCUUCUUACGGUGAGAGUAUGAUGGGCGCCUCGAAUAAGGAAAAGAAAUGCUUUCUAGCCUUAAAACCACUACAGAAACAACAACAACCAAAUGAAACAUCAAAAACGGCAACAGAAGUAGUUGUAUUCAUCAAAACCAACCAUGUCAUUUUACACGCGCGACGCAUGCUGCUAAACAUUAAAUUGCACACUUGUAAGAAAAGAAAAUCAGAAAACAAAGCGAAAAGCGGUUGAUUAGAACGAAGCAAAAGCAAAGAGGCAAAGCAAAACAAAAAAAAAAGAAAUCAUAAAUUUAAUAUAAAAUGCAAAACUUUAAUGCAAUCAUGUAAAAAAAACAACAUAAAACCCCCUUAAACAAAACACUACUCAAAUGCACAUAGAGCGCGAAUCGGAAAUGCUAAAACAAAGUUUGAAGAAAAAAAGAGAAAUAAGGAAAAAAACUAAACUAAACUAAAAACAAUGCUAGAUAAAUAGAGUAACACAAGGAGGAAGAGCGGAGUGUAAACGCUCGAGAAGAAGAAAAACAAAAAGAAAAAUACAAAAAAAAAAAACAAAGUUUAAACAAGAAUCAACAAGAGCAAACCAACAUCGCAAAAGAAAUGGAAACAAAAAUGGAAUCAAAUUCCCCUCAGACGUUUAGAUGCUGCGCGCCGGCACAGGACGCAAGAAGAAAAGAUAAAAGGAAGAAAAAAAAACCAAACAGCAACAGCAACAGCAACAACAACUACAACUAACAUGUGAGAGAACAAGAGAAUUAAACCGGAAACACUGUGUUCAAUUUACGAUUCUGAAUUCAUACAUUGAUAUUGAUCAGCUUUACUUUUUAUUGUAGCGUUUAAGUAUGUAGCGAACAUGUGCGAUGGGGGGGGGGAGGGGGGAGGGGGUGGUAUAGAUAACGUAGAAACACGCCACAAGCGAAGAAAGAGAGACACGAGAGAGCGAAAAAGAGAGGAAAGCAUAAAGAGGAUAACAGUAAAGCCCCUCUCCAGCUCCCUUUGCGCUCGAUUUUCCGCAAGAAAAGGUGGAAAAGGCCAGGGCCAGAAAUAUUAUAUAUAUAUAGAAUAAAGGUAAAAGAAAAUUAUAAGUGAAAUGAAACCUAAACAUAAUUGUAAGCUAAAGUGGAAAAGAGAGAAUAAAGAAAAGAAUUACAAUAAACACAUGAACACA